AUGGCGGUGGCGGAUGCCCCCGGUCUCAUGGACAUUGCCAGCACCCUGGCCCAAGACGAGAUACCCUUUAAAUUGAGAUGCGCCAUCUGCAACAGUCUAGCGGUAAAUGCCUUCCGGCUUCCCUGCUGUGAUCAGUCAAUAUGCGAGACCUGCCAAGCUUCUCUUUCCGAUACCUGCCCCGUCUGCACUCAUACCCCAGUCUCUCCGGAUCUCUGCAAACCCAACAAGGCUUUGCGCACUACGCUCAAGGCCUUCCUACGCACAGAGGAGAAGAAGCGGGAGAAAGAUCGCCAAUCCGCGGCAGCUCCAUCCAACGACCCGCCAGCAGAGGCCAGCUCGGCUGAGACUGCUCCUCAGAAUGGCGAACCGGGAGCAGCUGUGACAGUGGACGUCUCAGCGCCUACGGAGCCUACACAGUCGAGCUCGGGAGGUUUGGAAGAGACUUCUCCGGCUGUAAAAACUCCCACCGCUACCGCGGCUGGGCAGAGUGUUGCGGAACCUGCUCCCCAUCAGGCGAAUACUGAUGCUGAUCUUGAAGCUCCGCCCGCGGAAGCUGUUGAUGAACCCAAUGGGGCCGAGACUACACUCGAAUCCACGGCCGAGAAUCCCACCGGUUCGGCCAUCGAUGAAGAAUCUGCUCCCGCUCAAGGUGCUCCCGAGGAUCCGAAUUCUGCCAUGAAUCUCAACAUGGGCGGGAACUACCCAAUGGGCUGGAACGGAAAUACAAUGAACCCUUACAUGGCUGGCAUGUUCAACUUCCCGAACACAAUGGGAAUGCCCAUGGGGAUGGACCCAAUGGCAGAUCAGGGGAUGUUCGGUGACUACGGAAUGAACAUGACUGGCAUGGGUAUGAACUCUGGGAACUACAACGGUGGCAUGUAUGGAUCUCUAGGCUGGGACCCCUCUCAGAACAACAAUAUGUGGCAAGGCGCCCAAAAUAAAUUCAAUCCAAAUGCAUUCGCAAAUGGCACGGGUCCUUACGGGGGAUCGUUUGGGUCUAAUAUGUCUGCUUACCCUCCGAAUUAUCAGUCUGGCUACUAUGGAGGCUACGGCCGCGGCAACUUUCGAGGCCGAGGCCGAGGCCAAUACCAGGGCUUUGGCCGUGGAUUCAAUCCUCACGCUAACCCGGGAUAUUCUAACUAUUCAGGCGCUAUGGCUGGAGCUGAGGGUAAUUUACCGAACGGAGAUCCAGGAGAUGGAAUGUCUAUGAACCCCGAUAACCAAGUACAAGGAUACAAUGGCAACGAUCAGUCCGUCUAUGGCAGUAAUGGACAUGGACAUCCUCCAGGACCUGGAGUGGAAGGAGCGCCAGCGGCCCCGCGUGCAAUGAGACAAGGACUUCCCAAUACCAGCGUCUACCGCCAACGCAUGGUCCAGGGUCGAGCCAGUAAUCCUAGUGACCCUGACACCGGGGUAAGUGCCCCCGUGGAAUCGUCUCGAUCUGGAUCGCCUUCGCAACUUGAAUCCCAGCCUCGCUCCCCUUCAGUACAAGGUACAGAAGACGGACAAGACACCCGUCGGGAAGCAGAAUUCAAACGCAUGGAUCGAGUGGACGAGCUCCAAAAUGAUGCUCGUCGCACUCGCUCCCCAUCCCGAACAUCUUCCCGUCGGUCUUCGCGACGCAGGCCUGUUGACGAGGACCGGGAAAGGGACCGCAAAGACAGUUACCGAUCACAGCGGUCUCGUCGUCGCCGCAGCCGCAGCCACAGCUCCAGUCGGAAUGGAGAUUCUCGGCUAUCUUCUCGCCUGGAUGACAUUCCAGAAGAUCCAUCUAGCACCCGAACGAAAACGGCCUCCGAUGCCCAUGAAUCACGCGACCUCGCCAGCCGAAUCAGUAACAGUCGUCGCUCAGACAAAGAUCGUGUCAGUCGACGUGAGAAUGACCGAUCCCACGGUCAACCCCGAGAGUCUCGCCGCCGGGAGCGCGAGCGAGACCGGGACCGUGAUCGACGGGAUCGAGACCGAGACACCGAUCGAGACCGUCGCCGCGAAGACCGCGACAAGGGUCGAGGCGAAGAGCGUGACCGGGAUCGUCGGGAUCGCCCUAGAGAACGGGAACGGGAUCGCAAGCGCUCCCGCCGCGAUCGUUCACUGUCUGUCAACGGUAGUGAUCAUCCUCAAGCCCGACGCGUAAAACGUGAUGAGGAUCGCAAUGGUGAUCAGUCAAGCGGCGCGUCGAUCAAAAGAUCUGAGCCUGAAAAAGACCCUUACACACUUGAGCGCGAGGCCCGUAACAAGGAGCGCCUGCAGCGCGAGCAGCAGCAUCGAGAGAAGGCCAAUCCUGGCCGUCGCCGUGAGAGCCGGCAGGACCGGAUGGUGGCAGGCCGUCGCAUCAACUACAAGUACGAGGAUGAGCUUUAG